AUGAACAACAUAAAUCAUGAGCCGAUAUUAACAUCAACCAAUCAUGAAUCGGCGAUGUCAAACCCAGAGGACGGGCUUUUGAAUGAGGAGACACUUUUUGACAUGAGCAUCUUAGGGGACGAAGCAAGGUUUCCAAAUAUGACACAGACAGACAUAGAGCCUCAAUCUGCUCAAGUACCAAGUCAUGUCAGCGUUGAAGAUAUGCUGAUGAUGGAGUUCUUUACCCCUGGGGAAGCAAGAGAAUUCUACACGAGUUAUAGUAGGCUAAAAGGUUUUGCAAUAAGGAAGAGUAAGAGGGUAAAAAAUGUUAAAAGAGAGAUUGUUAGAUACACUUAUGUUUGCAAAAGACAAGGGUUUAGGCACAAGAAGUGGUUACAUAAGCUGGAUAGGAAAAGAGAGCACAAGCCUAUUACGCGAUGCGGGUGUGUAGCAGAUAUGAGGAUAAAGAAGAAUCAUACUAAUGAAAAAUGGUUUGUUUCACAGUUUGUGGAUGAUCAUAACUACACCCUACUCUUAGAAAGGUUUAUUGGAUAUCUGCCUUCACACAGGAAUAUGUCUGAUGUAGAAAUUGCUCAAAUGAAUAGCUUGAGGCACGUUGGGAUAAGCAUUCCAAAGAUAUACCAGUCAUUUGCGAUGCAGGUUGGGGGGCUUUAA